AUGGGCUUUAUGUCAGCAUUGUCAGCAGCUGUGCAUACAAAAGAGGAUGGUUUAUUGCUGCUUUUGUCAAUUUUUGCUGGAUAUCCGUUGGCAGCAAUUUAUCGAUCUGCAAUUUAUAAUAAACCAACUUUUGUACAACACAUUUAUUUUGUUGUUGCUGGUUUAGCUCUUUAUAUAUUGAGCUAUGGUAUUGCAGUAUUCCACAGCAUUAUAAGUAUACUAUUAGCAUAUUGUAUCGUCACAUAUUUUCCAGGACAAAAGAUUUCUGUUGUGUUAGCUCAUGUUGCGUUUUUGGGUCAUUUGUUAAUUGGCUAUAAUUAUUCGGAAACCGAUGGUUAUGAUAUCAAUUGGACAACACCAUUUUGUGUCAUGACUUUACGUUUUAUUGGUCUCGUUAUGGAUGUUUAUGAUGGACAUAAACCAGCGGACAAGCUAAAGUCAUACCAGAUGCAAACUGCUAUAAAGAAGACUCCAAAUCUUUUAGAAAUUGCAGCGUUUGGUUACUUUUUUAGCGGUACUUUUGUUGGACCGCUUUUUAGUCUUUCUCGUUUUCGAUCAUUCGUUGAUGGUAAAUAUCUUGAUAACAAAAAAGAAGUGCGCGUUUCGGGACUUAUGCCAAGCCUUGGACGCUUUAUAGCUGCAUGUUUUUAUGCUGUAAUAUAUCAGUGGGGAGUUCUGUGGAUACCAAACGAAUAUUUUAAUUCAUCUGAAUUUUUCGGUCUUUCAUUCCAGUGGAAAGUAAUUUGGAUUGUUCUUUGGUUUCGCAUCACUAUGUGCCGUUAUGUUUUUUCUUGGCUUUUCACAGAAGGAGCAGCAAUUUUGGCUGGGAUUGCUUAUAAUGGAGAAGAUUCAAGUGGUGAAGACCGUUGGGAUGGAGUACGUGAUGUCCACAUUUUGGAAUGGGAGUUUGGUUUAGAUUUCCAAAGUGUUAUCAGUAGUUUCAAUUGUGGCACAAAUACUUUCGCCAAGAACCAUCUAUAUCGGCGACUAUGUUGGAUCGGUAAUCGAAGCUGUAGUCAUUUAAUAACACUUAUAUAUCUCGCAAUUUGGCACGGUUACCAUCUUGGUUACUUCGUUCUAUUUCUCUUUGAAUUCUCAUGUGUUCUAGCUCAAAAGCAGUUCUAUUCAUUGCUGGGUAAUUCGUUAAAACUGUCAAGUUUAUUAGAACAGCGUUAUAUGAUUCCACUUAAAUUCAUAUUUGGGCGCAUCGUUAUCAAUGUAUCAAUGGGUGUUGGCUUCUUAACAUUCGGCCUUGUCAAAACACGAAAUUGGAUAAAGGCUAGUGCAUUUUUAAAGCAUAAGAAUCUAGUCAUCUAUAAAAAGAUUUAA